CACGUCUGCCUGUAUCACUGUGUCUGUGAAGGAAGGAAGACUGGCAGCUUAGAAAAUAAACAAAAGACGAGCUCAGAUUAAUAAAUGUUUUUGAGGUUAACCGUAAUCUUUUAACCACGUUUGUGCAGUCUUUAGGUUGAACUAUCAGCAAGGGCUGACGGACUGGCCAUGAAUUUAGACCUAUCGCUGCGAGUGAGCGUCUUCUCCGAACAAGGAGGAAGGAAAUACAUGGAGGAUUUAACUGAGGUGAUCGUGGAGCUGGAACCCAGCGACGAUGAGCUGCGAGAGGCCGGGCACAUUGAUCCAAAGCCGGACCAAGAGCCCGUCUCUGAAAGCGACCCACCGGACUGCACAAACAAGCCUUUACCAGUCAUAGUAACGUGGAGAAACACCCUGUCGGCCGACGAGAUCGACGGGACAGAGGAGCCCGGGACUCAACCGGCGGCAGCGGACAGCAGGAGAUCGGUCGCGUUCUUCGCCGUGUUUGACGGCCACGGAGGGCGAGAAGCCGCGCUGUUCGCUCGAGAUCACCUCUGGGAUUUUCUCAAGAAGCAGCGGGGCUUUUGGUCUAAGGAUUACCGGAAAGUUUGUGCCGCAAUUCGCAAGGGCUUCGUCGCAUGUCAUCAUGCAAUGUGGAAAAAGCUUCCGGAAUGGCCAAAAACAUUAACUGGCCUCCCCAGUACUUCAGGCACUACAGCCAGUGUGGUGGUCAUCAGAGGGGACCGCAUGUUUGUGGCUCAUGUCGGGGACUCGUCCGUCGUGCUGGGUGUGAGGGAAGAUCCCUCUGAUAAAGUCAUCAAAGCUGUGGAGGUCACGCAAGACCACAAGCCUGAGCUCCCGAAAGAGAAGCAGAGAAUUGAGGAACUGGGAGGAAGUGUGGUGAAGAAGUCUGGCGUGAACCGUGUGGUUUGGAAGAGGCCUAGUCUAACUCACAACGGCCCGGUCAGAAGGAGCACCCCGAUCGAUCAGAUCCCCUUCCUCGCUGUUGCUAGAGCUCUGGGUGAUCUAUGGAGUUAUGACUUCUACAGUGGAAAGUUUGUUGUGUCUCCCGAGCCUGACACCAAUGUGGUGACCCUUGACCCAAGACGGCAUCGUUACAUCAUCGUUGGCAGUGACGGCCUUUGGAACAUGGUGCCGCCGCAGGAGGCGGUUACUGUGUGCCAGAGCCAUGAUGAAGCUGUGGCACCCUUCGGGAUGUCGGUUGCACGUCGGUUGGGCCGCCAUGCAUUGAUGCGAUGGCGCCAACGGAUGCUCCGUGCAGACAAUACCAGCGUUAUAGUUAUCGCCCUUCCUGAGCCUGGCAAACCCCACCUUCCUAUGCAUAGAGACGAGGUCAUUCUCAGCCUAGCAGAGGGCCCGCACUGUGACCCAGCUAUAGGGUCCCGCUCCAACACACCACUCAUUAAGACCCCGGAUCCAGACCUGUCCUCAGCCAGCAGCGAGUCUUUGCCGGCACUGGAGAGAAGGAACGGUCUGUCAGGAGUAAGUCUCAGCACAGAACCCCCGUUAGAGGAAAACCUCCCCUACAUUGAGCUCAUGGACAAAGCUUCCUUGACUGUGUGCCCCUUUGAGGGCAACUGGACCCCAGAGAUGCCCCUGUCCUCACCAGAUGUGUCAAGUCCGGUGGGGAAGAGGCCCAGGCGCAGCCCCCUCACCCCGAGCAGCUCCCGCCGGAGGACUGGGGAACGCUCCGUACCCAAACGCAACAUCGGCAAGAGUCCCAAACAGGCGCCCAGCGUCACAAUACUGCAGCACCGUAAAGCGACCCUCUGCGUCUGCUAAAGUCAGACUGCACACACUAACACAGAUGAGCGAAGAUGGAUGUUCAACCAUCCACUUGGAUAUUCUGCAUAGUCACAGGAAUAAAUAACUGCUAUUGUUUUGACUGUGCCACUUUUUAUUUGUAAUGUAUGUUUUUUUUUAAAAAUAGUGUUUCAUUUCCUCCUUUUCCUUUUAAUGAUGUGAGGGUAAAAAAUUGAUCCCCCUUUUAGUGUUUGUAUUUAGUCAUUUUAUAUGAAAAAAAUAUUCAGAUCAGUCUCUAAGGAAUAUUCUUUUAAAGGAUGUUUUUAAUCUUUUACCCUUUUAAAAUUAAACAGAAAAUCCAUCUUUUACAUUUCAUGAAUUGCUUGUACAGAUUUUCUGAAAAUGACCAAAUAAUUGUAGACAUACAAUAUAUAAUAUUUUUAUAUUUGCUAUAUUUUUUUCUCCAAAUAAUCAAUUUUCUUGCCCCACAAUCCCUGUGCACAUUUGGCCAUGCCAAUAUACUUUGUGCAUUAAAUGUUCACACCAAUGUAUUUGUUAUUACCCUGUCUUUCUAAUUUUGAGUUACUGCAUGAGUUGAAACUAAGACGCAUUUCUGAUCAUUGGAUUACAGAGCAAUUGUUUUAUUAUUAUUAUUUUGAUAAAACCUUUGUAAAGGGUGUGGAUUGCAUGUUCUGUUAUAAUCCUUAGAAACUGGCUUUUUCUUGGGGUGUGUUUUGUUUUUUGACUGUUGUAUAAUGGAAUCUACAUUUUCAUAUGUAUUUCGAUAUUGUAAGUUAUUUAAUAUCAAUAAUGUCUGUUAAUGAAAAGCAGAUAGCAUCUUCCAACACCAGUUCCAGAGCUAAUGUGAGGUGUGGUUUAAGCUGAUGCUGAGGCCGAGGUGUUUGCCAGAGUGUACAACACAUUUUUAGUGAGAUGUUUCUCGAGGUCUUUGAGAUUUUGUCUUUCGAAGGAGGUUUUCCAGUAAACUGUCAGUGGAUAAGUAACAUUUUCAUAGAGUUGUUUAUGAAUGUUCACUAUUUGCUAAAUUGACAGUUUUGGUUUGAUUAUUUACUUCAUGUGGUGUUGCCUGAAGGACAGUUACAGUUUGAUGGAUUUAAAUGCAUAGGGAAUUUAUUAAAAAUGAACACAUAAAUCCAGUUA